UUCUACGUCCCACUCGCACGUCAAACUAGUUCUUGUUUGAUCUUCGUGACGGGAAGGUGUGCGUGGCCCAGUGACCACGAAUUUUCUGGUGAUUUUCCCGUUUUCCUUUGCGAUUUUUCCAUUCAAUUGGACAUGUCAUCCGCAAUGCUGCGAUUAAUUGGAAAUGAGGGUCUCAAUGCCCUGCGACGUUCGUAUUCGAGCAGUGCACCCACCACAAAAAUGUUCAUCGACGGGAAAUUUGUGGAGUCAAAGACCAAGGACUGGAUUGACCUGCAUGAUCCGGCAACCAAUGAAGUUGUGACACGUGUGCCAAAGUGCACACAGGCCGAAAUGGAAUCUGCAGUUGAGUCGGCCAAGAAUGCCUUCAGGACAUGGAGUCAGACGUCCAUUCUCACGCGUCAGCAAAUCAUGUUCCGGCUGCAGCAUCUCAUUAAGAGUAAUAUGGGAGAAUUGGCUAAGAAUAUCACAAAGGAACAGGGGAAGACUCUUGUUGAUGCAGAGGGUGAUGUGCUUCGUGGAUUACAGGUCGUUGAGCACUGCUGCAGCAUCCCAUCCCUCCAGCUCGGUGAAACUCUGCCCAAUGUCGCUAAGGACAUGGAUACCUACUCACUUACUCUUCCCCUUGGCGUAACAGCUGGAAUUACGCCCUUCAACUUCCCUGCCAUGAUUCCCUUGUGGAUGUUCCCAGUGGCCAUUACGUGUGGUAAUACCAGUAUCAUCAAGCCUUCAGAGAGAGACCCUGGUGCCACGAUGAUGCUCAUGGAGAUGCUCAAUGAGGCUGGCUGUCCGCCAGGUGUUGUAAACGUCAUCCAUGGUGCUCAUGACUCUGUCAACUUCAUCUGCGAUCAUCCUGACAUCAAAGCUGUGUCCUUUGUCGGCUCAGAUCAGGCUGGAAAGUACAUCUACGAGAGAGCUGGUCGCAAUGGGAAGCGUGUGCAGUCGAAUAUGGGAGCGAAGAAUCAUGGUGUAGUUAUGGCUGAUGCCAACAAGGAAAAUACCCUCAAUCAAUUGGCUGGAGCGGCCUUUGGGGCAGCUGGACAGAGAUGUAUGGCACUGUCGACGGCAAUUUUCGUGGGUGAGGCGAGAAAUUGGAUUCCUGAUCUAGUUGAACGUGCCAAGACACUGAAAGUCAAUGCUGGACAUGUACCUGGAACAGAUCUUGGACCUGUUAUCUCACCACAGUCAAAGGAGCGUAUUCAUUCGCUGAUUCAGUCGGGAAUUGAUGAGGGAGCCAAGUGUGUGCUCGAUGGACGUGGUAUUAAAGUUCCGAAUUACGAAAAGGGUAAUUUUGUUGGACCAACAAUCCUCACGGAAGUCAAGACCACCAUGAAGUGCUACACUGAGGAGAUUUUUGGGCCAGUACUGGUGUGUCUCAGUGCUGAGACAAUUGAUGAGGCCAUUGAGAUGAUCAACAAGAACCCAUAUGGAAAUGGCACGGCAAUUUUCACCACAAAUGGCGCAACUGCACGAAAGUUUGUCAAUCAAAUUGAUGUUGGACAGGUUGGAGUCAAUGUACCUAUUCCCGUGCCACUGCCAAUGUUCUCCUUCACCGGUACUCGUGGCAGUUUUCUCGGUGAUCAGCAUUUCUAUGGCAAGCAAGGGGUCAAAUUCUACACACAAACCAAGACGGUAACUCAAUUGUGGCGUGAAACGGAUGUCUCUCACACUCGCGCCGCCGUUGCAAUGCCAACGAUGAAGUAGGCUGGGAAUUUAUGGAAUUGAUUUAUCGCAAGCUCCAGACAGUGUGGCCUUUUCCGAGAGAAAUUGCAUGUCUUCCAAAAGAAAAAAAAGAAAGAAAGAAAAAAAGGUGAGAAUAAUUUCUCUGGUAAAAAAGAAUGAUUUUAUUUUAAGAAAAUUGUUGCAUUUACUUAAAAUUUUAAGUAUAUAACUAAUGAUAUUGAAAAAAUGUACCCCCAGAAUUUUACACAUGAUAUCAUCAUGAUUCUAUUCUAUCUCCAUACUCUGUCCUGUCUCUUCAGCUGAAGAACAGAGGGGCAGUGUGGAGCGAAAAGUGAAUAAAAACGAAGAGAAAGAUAA